UCUCUCUUCUCAUAAAAUCUUUUACUAUUUAUGUAUUCAUUUCGUUUUUCCUAUUUUGGCCUUUGAAUUUUUUUAUUUUUAUUUUUAUUUUUUGUUAUUUCUCUUUCCUUAAUCUUCUCGCCUUAUAUCAAACAGAGUCUUAUUGUUUCUGGUCUGUUUGUUUUGUUCAAUUGGUUACAUGUUUAACUAAUUAUAUGUUAAUGUUUGUGUCUGUCAACUGAAAUGUUUUUGGUGUUAUAGGGUUGGUUCUGGAUCUCUCUCAAUUCCUAAGGAUUUUGUAUUGAAAUUGAAAUUGAAGUUGAAGUUGAAGGAGGAGGAGAAAAGAAAAAAAAAAGGGGAUUGUUUGUUAGGGUUUUCUGGAACUGUGGGUCCUGAUGUCCAUGCCUUCUUUGUCUGAUGGUACUAUUGAAGGUUAGAUUUGCACUUCUUUCAUGGGUCUGUUUCUUUUGAUCCAUUUGAUGCUUAUCUAUCACUGAUUUUGGAUUGGAUUGGAUUGGAUUGGAUUGGAUUGUCUCUCAACAACAAGAACAAGAACAAGAACAAGAUAUACAUAUCUAUCAAUCUCUUUUGGUUUACAAAUUUCACUUUUUCUUUUUUUGCCAUUUCGUGUAAGUGGGCUAUUGUUUCUUAAUUUCACUGGGUUCUGGGUCAUUUUCAAUUUUGGGUUUUUUUUGGCCAAUUGGGGACUUUGCUUAUCAUUCUGUUUAUUUGGAGCUAAUUGUAGCUGGGUUUGAAGAAGAGAGAGAGAGAGAGCGUAAUUGGGGAAAUUUUUUGGUUUUCAGUUUUGUGAUGAACCCAUUUGGGGUUGGUUUGAUGGAGUUGGAAUUCUGAGGGAAUUUUUUUUCUUUCUCUUGCAGUCUAGUUGUUUCAGGAUUUUCCUUUAUGAUUACUGCUAUUGGGAGAGUUGAUUAGGAUUUUUUUUUAAUUGAUCAGGAAGGGUAGAGAGAAUUGUGUUGAAGGUAAAGCCUGGAAGAGGAGAUGGUAUCUGUAGUGGGGAGUCCGGAGAAUAAUUCUGAGGACCCUAUGUUUGUGGCAAUGGAAACCGAAGUGAAUGAAAUUGAUUGUCCUAGGAAUGAAAUUCAGGAUUUUACGUUGGAGCAAGGUGAGGGAAGUAGUGUUGUAUUCAGUAGAGAAGGACCCCUUGUGAAGAAAGACUCGAGAUUGUCCACUGGUUGUUGUUGCAGUGUCAAAAACCUCAAAUCUCGGGCGUUUGCAACAGAUUCUGAGGAUCGAAAGAAUGAGAAAUUUGGGGAUGAGAAGAAGCUCAGUAGACAAGAUAGGAUCGAGCUGGGUCGGUUGUUUCAGACUGCAGUAAGUUCUCAUGAUUGGGAGCUUGCAGAUAAGUUGAUCGAGUUGGCAGAUCCUCAAACUCUUAAUGAUGCCUUGUGCAUGACAUUGGACUCGAUCUGGUUCCUCAGCACACAUCAAGAGCUUCAAGGGAUAACAGGAUUGAUUAAAAAUAUCAUUACAAAUGGUGCUUAUGACUUCACAAGAGCUGCACUUAGGACUUCAUUUCUUGCUUCGUGCGUCUCUGCAUGCCAAAGUCGAACAAUGAGUCUUGCAGAUACAGUCACUGUUAUGGCCCAAAGGUUGCAUGAGCGUCUUCAGGAGUGUAAUGGAGAUGAGGUCUUGAAGGCAGAAGCUGGUGCCAAGGUUCAAAAGUUCACUGAAUGGGCUCUGAAAUGUAUAGGCUUCCAUUCUCGUUGCCAGGGUAAUAAGGAUAGAGUGAGCCACAGCUCAGCCGUUGAGAUCCAACUCCAGUUAUCUGCAUUCAAGAUUUUCUUAGAUCUUGCUGGCAAUCAUCUUACAGGGAAGGAUUUCACUGAGGCUUUUGAUGCAGCUUGCUUUCCUCUUACUCUUUUCUCUAGCUCAUUUGACCCUGGUUGGGCAUCUGGGAUAUCAGCAACUGCAAUCCAAGGAUUGCUGGGUAUGUUGGUUGAGGGGGGUGCAGACAAUGUCAAUCAGUGUUUCCUUGAAGCCUCUCGUUUUGGUAGUACAGAACUAGUGCGCAUUUUAUUGCAGAUUGCUCAAAGAAACAGCUUGGAUGUUGAUGUUGACCUCGCUUUGGGAUUUGCUUCCCACUACUGCAAGAUUGGCACAAUGGAAUGCCUGGUGGAAGAGGGUAAUGCCAUUGCUUUUUUGGGCCCUUUGAUGAGAGCUGCCGAGAGAGGUUGUAUGCAGGUUGUUGAGUGGUUUGUGAAAAGGGGUUGCCGGGACAUGGAGCUAUGUCUUGCCCUCACAGCUGCCACAUCAAGCAGCCAAGUAGAUAUUGCUGCCUACCUUCUCCCACAUGUUCCUCAACACGUCCUUGCAGCACUCAGCAUUGAGAUUCUCAAGGCUGCUGGCGAAAGAAGCGGAGGGUCCCUUGAUGGUGUAGCAUUUCUCCUCCGUUCUGACUUCUUAGGUGAUCCAGCAGCUACUUAUUCUGUCGCGGACAGUAUUGCUAGGUCUGAUGAUGAGGCUGUAGCCCCCGAGUUAAGAUCUUUUCUUCGAGAGCAUUGGUCGGAGUCGGCUUUCUUUGAUGGACUUAGGCAAGGACAAGAACAUUACAUGAACAUUGUAAGGAUUUUGAAGUGGGGUGGAUCUCCUAUUUGCUUAAGAGAUCUUCCAGGGCCUCUGAGAUUGGCAAUUGCUUACCUGCCAUUGUAUAGAGAAUGUAUUAAGGCAGGUGGGUGUUUGUUAUCCCAAAGGCUAAGAGGUCAACUUGUUGAAGCAGUGAGUAGGCUUGGAGGUGGGGUCUUAGAAGAGGUGAACCAAGGCAGAGAACUCCUGGCUGUUUUGGAGCAUCAUCUUCCUCCAUUUUUGGUUCAUACCUCCAGCAUUGCCUAGCAAGCUUUUGCCCUCUUUAUCUUUUGGAUUUUUGCUUCCUCCUCUUUUUUUUUUUUUUUUUUUUGGGUCACCAACCUAUAUGUGCCAUAGAUAAUAAUAAUAUAACAUUUUAGCUGGGGAUCAGGCGAUGAAGCUAUCGAAGUUUGUCAAAUUUUCCUUCCAUCAUUUGUGGUUGGCUCA